CGCACCACUGGCGGUAUCGGCCAAUCGCGACCCGAGUCUCGUGUUUACUACCGAUCGCGGCGACCGUACACCACCAGCGCGAAACAGUCAUCAUUGUUUCGUUAAUAUUUAUUAUCAAAAACUCGAUCGGACGACGAACGACCGAGACGCUCGGCGAAACGCACGAAAACUCGCGACGCCGACGACCCGGACCGCAGGAAAACGAGAAGCGUUCCUUUUUCUUUUUCUUUUUCUUAUUUUUUCUGUAGCCGUGUGCGAUUCCGUAUAAACGAACACCGGACGACGACGCCGCCGCCGACGAUAUCGUUUACGAGUAGUCCGCACGAUCGGCGAGUCGGGCGACGGAUCAAUCGAACGCGUCCCGCUCGCGCAGAGUCGGCCGACAUGUCGCGGAAUCCGUAACCUCGCCGGACGGAAAAACGCAUCCGACAGCGGCAGCAGCGCCGCGACCGCUGUCCGUCGGUCCUGUUUCCACAACAUGCGCCCGACCGGCGGUGUCUGCCGGAAACUACUGUUGUCCGGUUGGUGCCUGACGCUGAGGCUUCUGCUGUUUGUCGCACCAGUACGAAGUAGUGUACGGUUUAUAACUGAACCUAGUGAUAUUGUAACGACUGCUGGUAAAACCAUACGAUUGGAUUGUGAAGCAAAUUUUGAUAGUGUUGCUACAUUGCCUCAAAUUAGAUGGAGGAUUCCUGAUGGACAGUACUUUGAUUUUAUUGGAGAUACAAGAAGAUCUAUAUUGAAAAAUGGGUCUCUGCUUAUUAAAAAUGUUUUCAAUAAUGAUGAAAAAGAUAUUUCUGAAGGCUUGGAAGCAUAUCAAUGUGUAGCAUUUGUUGAUAAUAUUGGUUCUGCUGUUAGUCGUAUAGCAACUAUAACUCUUGCACGACUAUCGCCAUUUGAAAAACAACCUACAGAUUUAAGACUUUUUCCUGGACAAACAGCUCAUUUCUCCUGUGUGAUUAAUUCACAACCUUUACCAAAAAUAACUUGGUUCAAAGACCAUUCACCAUUAGUUAUAGAUAGAACUCGUAUGACAAUAUUCCCAUCAGGAGCAUUAGAAAUUGAUUAUGUUCAAAAAGAAGACAAUGGUGCUUAUCGAUGUAAUGUUACUGGUUUGGAUAGGCAUAGAUUAAGUGAUCCUGGAGUAUUGACAGUUGUUGAAAAUGAAGAUAUAAUUAAAAGAUUAAAAGCUCCAGAAUUUGUUGCUAAACCUCAAUCAACAAUAGCUUUAGAAGGAUCGAUUGUAACUCUAGAUUGUGCUGCUGUUGGAAAUCCACGGCCACAAAUUUCUUGGUUAAAAGGUGGUACUCUAAUUGAUAUGGCGUAUCUAGAUUCCCGAUUUAGCAUAAUUGGUACUGGUGGCUUACAAAUUACACAAGUGAAUAAAAAUGACGAUGGAAAUUAUAUUUGCCGGGUAGAAAAUCAUGAAGAUUCUACUGAUGCUUCUGCUACAUUAGAAGUUCAUGUUAAGCCACAAUUUAUUCGUAAACCCAAAGAUACAAUGGUUCUUGAAAAAGAAGAUAUAAUAUUGGAGUGUGAAGUAGCUGGUAAACCUCCACCACGAGUUACUUGGCUAAAAAAUGGCGAUAGAAUUAAACAAGAUGAGUAUCUACAGUUUGUUAAUGGAACCAAUUUAAAAAUAUCUGGGUUGAUGACCAUGGAUUCUGGCAUGUUCCAAUGUUUGGCAUCAAACCCUGCCGGUAAUAUUCAAUCAUCAGCAUUUUUAAACGUUUUUCAUGCAGACAAUUUACCUAGUUCAAACAGUUCUACCAAUAUUAGUACUGAUUUAGUCAAUACAUUCUCUGCAGCUGAAAAACCCAAGGAUUUAAAAAACAAUCUUCCAUCAUCCCCAAGAGCAUUAGAAGCGAGUUUUGUAUCGUCUAGGUUAGCCACAUUAACUUGGAUUAAUCCACUAAAAACUAAUGGCGAGAUAUUAACUUACACAAUAUUUUAUCAAGAAGAAGGAUCUGACAGAGAACGAAUGACAAACACAUCACAAACUGAAAUAACUAUUAGUGGAUUAUUGCCUGAUAAACAUUAUCUCUUUAGAGUAAUGGCAGUAAAUGAAUAUGGUAUUGGUGAAAGUUCACCACGUUUGAAAGUAAUGACCAAGGCAGAAAUUAAUUUACCAGGACAACCUUAUAAUGUUACUGCUAAAGCAGUGUCACCUACAUCAAUUUAUGUGUCUUGGUCUAGACCAGAAUAUGGCAGUGAGAAUUUGAAAGAAUAUAAAUUAUUUUAUAUGAAGGAUUCAACUUCCGAAGAACAAUUUUUUAUAACAAAACAUACAGACCGUGAAAUAAGUGAUUUAAGUCCAUAUACCAAGUAUAAAAUUUGGGUAGUGGCAUACAAUCAAAAUGGUCCCGGUAUGAAGUCCUUGGAAGUAGUUGUGUUAACAAGACCUUCAGCUCCAUCACAACCACCACAAAAUAUUGUUGUUGAAGCAAUUUCUUCUACGGAGAUUAAUAUUAGGUGGGAACAUCCACCAAAGUCUAGUCAAAAUGGAAUUAUAACAGGUUAUAAAAUUCGAUACAAAAAGCUGGAUAAAAAAUCAUCUGGUGACACUAUCACAACUGCUGGUGAUAAUUUAGAAUAUCAAAUUUCUGGUUUAGACAAAAGUUCAACUUAUCAAAUUCGUUUAUGGACUUUAAAUACUGUUGGAUUUAGCCCACCUUCAGAGUGGUUUACAGUACUACCAUUUGAUAAAAAUCUAAGAGAAGAUACUGUCCCUGAUGCACCUACUAAUUUCAAAGUUCGAGCUUUUUCCAAUUCAUUAUUAAUAACUUGGUCUCCACCAAAAGAUAAAAGUAUAAUUGUGAGAGAGUAUACAUUAGGAUGGGGUAAAGGUGUUCCUGAUGUAUAUAAGGAAAAAAUAAAUCCAAAAAUACGACAAUAUGAAAUUAAAAAUUUAGAACAAAAUGCUGAUUAUGUAUUGAGUCUUGCUGCUGUUAAUGAAAUGGGCCUUGGACCAAUAGUAUACCAAAUGGCAACCAUAAGAGAACAAACAAUCAUAAACACAUUGGAGGAAUCAUCAAAUCCAAUAAUACCACCAAUUGGUUUAAAAACUAACGUUAUUUCUCCUAAUGCCAUAGAAGUAUCUUGGACAGAUAAUUCUCUUCUAGAGUUUGAUUCAAAUGUUGAAGAUGUACGGCUUUACCUUGUACGAUACAAACCGUCCUAUUCGCCUAACAAUGCACGUUACAAAUAUGUCAACACCACUGAACUUUCUUGCAUUAUUAAUGAUUUAAAACCUAAUACUCAAUAUGAGUUUACAGUAAAAUUGAUCAAGGGCCAAUUUGAAAGUGCUUGGAGCUUACUUGCGAUGAAUAAUACUCAAGAAGCAAAACCAGCAUCACCUCCGAGAGAUUUAACUGCUGUUAAAAACGAAGAUAAACCUCAAUCUAUAACAUUAAAUUGGCAACCACCAAAAUUUUCAAAUGGACAAAUUAUUGCAUAUCUUAUUUUAUAUACAACUGAUGAUACAAGUUCAGACAAUGAGUGGAUAACUGAAACAGUUGAAGGGGAACUUAUGUCUUACUCAAUAAAAGGACUGACACCAAGUACCAAUUAUUUUUUCAAAAUCCAAGCUAAAAAUUCUAUUGGUUAUGGUCCAUUUAGUCCUACUAUUAGUAUCAAAACAUUGCCAGGUGGUAUCCCUAACAAUGAUGGAACAUCACUAAAAGAUGGAAAAAGUGGUAUUAACAACACAACAAUUUUAUAUAUACUGAUCGCAUGUUGUUUGUUACUUAUAUCUUGUAUUGGAAUUGGAAUUGCUUUAUUAUGCUGUAAACAAAAUAAGCCAUUAAGAAACCGAAGUAAAAAAGGGUAUAUUAAAGGAUCAACUGGUUAUAAUGCGAAGGGAGUAGCACAGUCUCCAAGUAUUAAACCACCAGAUUUAUGGAUACACCAUGAUCAAAUGGAAUUGAAAUCAAUGGAAAAAUCAUCACAAGGUUCAUUAGAUACUAGUUCUGGAUGUGGUCAAGGAAGUUCAAACACGUAUGAUGGACCUGACACUCGUGUUACCAUACAUCAUGUACCGCAGACUACCAAUUCUUUAGAAAAAAAUAACUAUGUUUCGUCCUAUGUGGGUAAUACAGUUAUUCAACCUUUAUUGUCGGAUGAAAAAGUUUCCACAUUAAAUAAACGCUUUAAACCUGUUGUUUUACCUGUUGACUCAUUUGAUUCUAUUUAUAAUGAUACUAUGGCAACAUUACCUAGUCAGGAAACUCGUUCACCUCAUCCAAAAUCUCAAUAUGCAACCGCAACUAGAGCUCAUGUAACUGUAGAUUUAACAGCUGGAGCUCCUGAAAAUAAUUAUAUUGUUCAAGCAACUACAAUUCCAGAUAAAUUUGAAUCUAUACCAGUAUCAUCAGCUGGAAACCCACAACAACAGCACACAGGAUUAGUGAACUCCAAUGAAAAAAGACAACAAGGUCAUCCUUUAAAAAGUUUUAGUGUUCCUGCACCUCCACCUCAGUCAGCGCCAUCUACUCCUCAACAAAAGCACAUUGUAACAGUUAGACCUCAAGGAUCAUCCAGCCCAUACAAAAAAAAUAUUUACUCGGCCAUUAACAAUUCACCUUCUAGUACAUCAAUGUCUAGUGGUCCUAAAACAUGGAAGUCGCCAUUAACUGGUCUGAAUCAAAGAGAUCCUAUCACAGAAGUUGAAUCUCUCAGUAAAAUACAAACUUCUUAUAGCACAGAAGAACUCAAUCAAGAGAUGGCAAACUUGGAAGGUCUAAUGAAAGAUCUGAGUGCAAUUACUGCAUCUGAAUUCCAGUGUUAGACAACCUAGGUUAUUUUUAUGUAGGUCGGUUAAUUCUAAAAGAAAUAACAUUUUAAAACUUACAGAUUAUUUAGAUUUAAUUUUAAGUAUUAAAUGCAGUAUAUCAUAAAGACUGAUCUCUGAUGUGCAGAGUGACUAUUGUAAACCACCAGAUUAUAAUUAUGCAUGUAUUUUUUAUUUUUAGACACUUGUUUAUGCAGAAAAAAAAUGUUUUGUAUGAAUUUGUCAUUCCUGUUUAUUUUGUGAUAUUUUAAAAAGUGAUUUCGGUAAAUUAGCAAUAACUUAAUAUGUUCCCAUUUAUAAUUUAUAUAGUUUAUAUUAUCUUACAAUUAAUUAAUUUUGGCAAUUGUGUGUAAUUAAUGCCAAAUAAAAUUAAAGGUAUUUCAUAUAUUACAAAAAAAUUAUUUUGGCAAUAAAAAUGAUAAUUUAAUAGGUAAAUUUGUUAAGGACAACUAAUUUUAGACGUUCCCCCCCCCCACCUUUGUAUACUUAUAUCCCAUAUGUUUAGCAUAACAUUCUUAACAAAUGAACAUUUUUUAUUUAAACAUUUGAAUUUUUUCACCAUGGUUAAGGUUUAUAUCAUCUAUUUUGUAUUGGUCAUUUUAUAUUUUAUCAUAAUAUGUUGAUAGCAUAUGUAUUAUUAUUUAAAUAAGAUAAAAUUUAAUAUUACUAUGACCUAUUUGUUUUAACAGUUAAGAACAAUUGUUGGUUAGGUUAACAUUAUCAGCAAUACAUCUGUUUUAUUUUCUAUGUAUUUAAGUAUAAAUGACCAAACAUUAUUAUAAUUAUUUUUUUUUUAACAAAAGUACAAAGUAUUUAUUAUUAAAAACUAAUAUAAUAUGCCCUCAUACAUUGCAUAAAAAUUGUGAUUAAUAAAUUUAAGUCUUUAAAUAUAUUUAAAGAAUUUGUCAAAUCAAAAUAACUUAAUUGUAUUAUAUUGUUAACCAACAGUAAUUAUUUUAAAGACAUUUUACAAAUGUUACAUAAAAUGUGUAAGAAAAAUUAUUUUAAUGAAUAAGGAUUAAUGUAAAAACACAAUUGAUGUAAUGAUCAAAUUUAAGUUUUUUUUUCUAUUUGUGUUUUACAUUUUUUUUCUUUGCAUUUUAUUGGGUUGUAAUUACUAAAUCUCUAAAUACAUUAAAUAAUAGUAUAGUUGAUUUUAAAAUUAAUGUUUAUACCUUUACCUUUGUGGGUUAAAUCAAAAUGAUAAAAAUUGUAUACUAGUCAACUGGUGGUGUAACUGUGUCAGAGAAUAUUUUUAUGUAUGUAACAUUUUAUAAAAUACUAUGAAUUUAAAAUAUAUUAAGUGUAUUGGAUAACAUUUGAACUGGAUAUAAAUUAAAAUAUUCUUAUCACAAUUUACUAGCCAUUAUUUUAUCAAAAUAUCAUGUCAUUUUAAGUGUUAACUUUUGCAAAAUGUACAUCAUAUUAUAAUUUUAACAACUAAAAUUUUUGUAUUAAUGUAUCUUUUAAAAAUAGUUUUUUUAUCUCUUCGUUUUUAAUAUUAUACUGCCAUUGAAAUACAACUAUUGCAAUAAUGCAUCAAUUAUUUUUUGUAUAUACCAUGUAAGAUAUAUGUGUAAAUUAACAUUCAUUACAUGUUUGUAAAUACAUUUUAAUUAAAAUUACUUUUAUCAUAUUAAUGUUUUAACAGAAUUAAUUUUUAUCUUAAUUGUAAAUUAUUUGCGAAACAUAAGAUUUUUUACUUAUUCAUGAAUGGUUUUCUGUAUGACAAUUUAUGAAAAAUUAUGUUUGGUUAAAAAACUGAUAUUCUAAUUACAUUUUACUAAAAAAAAAAAGAAAUACAAUAAUUAUAUAUUUUAAGAAUAUGUACCAGUGAUAUUUGCUUUAUUAUAUAUGUAUAAUUUAUUUUUAUAAUUUACUGUUUAAUUUAUUUUAUAUUUUUAUAUUUUUUCAUUUGUUUAAAUUAACACAUUCUAAUAUUUGAGUUUUAUAUUUUUUACAUUUAUCUCAAAUAUUUAAUGAUAACAUUUUUUUUUAACAUUUUAACUUUCCUAUGCUUAACCUUUUUCAUUGUUUACCCGUUCAUUUAAUAUGUAAUUUUUUUAUUUCAAUUAUUUAAUUGGCUAUCUAUCAAAUCUAAAUUUGGAAGUGCCUUAAUUAUUUUAAAAAUCAAAUUUAUUUCUUGAAAUAUUCAAUUCAUAAACAAUACACAUUUAAUGUUAUCCUUAAGUAAUUAGACUUAGUUUUAGUAAUGUGUUUCAAUCAAAACAUCACAUAUUUGUACGACAUGUUUACGUUAAUACAAUCUUGUAUACAACUUGAUACUAAAUUAAUAAGUUAUAACUAUUAAUCUUAUGUUAUAGAUCUCUUAAUCGAUUAUCUUUUUUUCAUGUCUUUUUUAGUACUUUGUUUUUACAAAAAUAAUGACAAUUUGUAGUUCCUCUUUUUCAUCUAAACAUAUAUUUGUAUACUUACUUCAAACAUGUAUAUUAUUUUUAAUAAACUUUUUUAUGAGCCAUAAA